AUGUCGAACCACUCGUCACAGGCCUUUUCGGAACUCGACUCUGUUAAUGAUGUGAUACAGGUUAUUUCUGGCGAUGGAAGAUUCGAUCACAGCCAUUCCCACAGCCACAAAUGUCGACACCAUCACCAUAAUCAUUGCCACAAAAGCGAAAAAGAUGAAGUAAAAUCUCAGUCUGAAGACAUAUUGCGACAUCUCAAAUCUUUCUGGAUUGUCGUUCCUUUUAUAUGCCUUUUUAUUAUGAAAGAAGCAGUUGUUCAUUCCACAGGUGUUUGGGUUUUGGUCUCUCUUUGUGUCACAUCACUCUACCUCAAUUCACGGUUAAAAGGCGCGACCCAAGGCUUUGAACCUCCAAUUUAUGCCUUUUUAACAUCGAUAUUUAUUUGUGGUACCGUUUGUUUGUUCUUCUAUAUUCUUCAUUUUCGUAGAAAUGAAAUUCACUUGGGAUUGUUUUGUAUCCCUAACAAGAUACCUAGUGAGGAUUGGAUUUCUCUUCUAUGGGCUGUGAUAAUUGUGGAUUUUAGUCUUAAAAUUUUCACAAUUUUCCUCAAAUCUCUCGUGGUCUUUCUAGCCUCUCAUCGACUCUUUCAAAUCUCCACACAAGUGAGUCUCGCAUGA